AUGUCCCAGGACAUCUAUGCACUUAUUGUCAGUGGAGAGUGCUUCAAAUUGACCAAGGAUCAAUUGGAAUCUGAUCCCGGCAACUACCUCGCAACGUAUUUUUUGGGCGAUUUUGCUGAAGCGACAGAUGGAGUCCAGGAACUACACAUUUCUAAGGAACCAAAGUUAUUCACACUUAUACAAGCCCAUUUGAGAGGAUACACCAUUUUUCCCAUCCCGGACUCUAUCGUGCCUCCCUACAUGACGAAAGAAACGACGAUAGAAAACUUGAUUCUGGAGGCAGAGUUCUAUGGACUCGAAAUUUUGGAAGAAAAGGCUUGA